AUGGCAACGACAACAGCCACAACUAAUAAUACUGCGAUGGAUCAACAACAUAAGAGGGAUCCAUUACAAUCACCUGUAUUUAAGAUGAGAGGAUUGGAGAUGACUGUUUAUGGAUUGGAGAAGGAGAAUCUUGAUUUGAGACAAACGAUUGAACAAAAGGAUAAAGAGAUCAAUAACUUGAAGAAUACAAUGCAAGAGUAUGAGUUGGAGAAUGAACGCCAUGAACGACGCCAUGCCCAACUCGAAGAGGAGAUCAUUGAGUUGCGCCAGCAGCUCAAACAGAAUGGAAUCACACCAAACAUCACAACGACCUAUACAUCAUCCACACCAAAGGUCUCGGGCGUAGGCGUGGACAUCAACUCGUUGCGUCUAAAUAACUCAAAUGGUGACGGAGGCGUUGGAGCCAGUGGAUCAGGUGUCCGCCAUGAUAAAUACUACGAAGACAGUUCACUAUAUUUAUACACGGGUCGAUCGAUACCCUCAAACAACUCGCCAUCACUGUCCAAAGCAUCAUCAUUCAACCUCAAUAGCAGUGGAGGUAUAUCCAAUCCUCCUCCAAUCUCUAUGACCAUGAGCAGCAGCAGCAGCUCAAACAACGUAGCCAAUGUCAGCAGUUCAACUCUACUCGAUCCAAACAAUAACAAUAACCUUAUCAAUCAUAACAACAAUCACAAUCACAUUAAUAACAAUAAUAACAACAACAACAACAUAAGCAAUGUUAAUAAUAAUAACAUUGGAAAUAACGAUAACCAAGCAUCAUCUUCAUCAGCAUCCUCCUCAAUGUAUCCUACACAUCAUACACCAACAUUAACACAUACAAGAUCACCUUUCCAGAAGGCCAAGCCUCCCAGCUCUCCAACAAUAGUGUCAUGUGUCACCACUGAAGGUGGCAACGCUGGUGUCAACAUCUCAAUGACCCCAUCACCAGUCAUUGCACAGCCCAGGAAGAAAUCAAUCAUCAGUCUCUUCUCAUUG